AUGAAGGAGUACCACUGGGCCUCCAACGACAUUGAGCAAGUCAUGAUCAGCCUCGUCCCUUUCCUCAUCCGGUGCAUGAAACUCCGGCUCUUUCUCUUAGUGAAUCUUGCUGUCAUCUGUGCGAACAGCGCCGACCACAUGGACGAUGCCGAACGUCAACUCGUCGAGUUUCAGACCGAUCCGGACUUCAUCAUCACGACCCUGACUAACACCAUCCAGAACUUGAAGAUACCAGCCGCCAAACAGAGAGCAAAACACAAAGCCCAGUUCAACCCCGAGGUCAAAGCUCCAGAAUGCGCUAUGGUUCCGUGGAUGGAAUAG